UUAUUGCGAAAAGACAAACCGGAUGUGCUGUCUAUUAUUAUCGGGAACUUUUCACCAGUCGCCAUCGUCAUCAUCUGUACGCACGGCGGCGACAGGACCUUCUUGAAUCGGCAGGGACGGGUCUCCCUCCGCGAUUCCGUGUCAAUGCGAAGGAAAAACACCGACACGAAGUAGAAAGACAUCAGCGGAACCCCCAAACCGAAGGUCUCCCUGCAAACUCCGAUGGAUUAAUCUGAUUUUGCUGCGAGAGGAGAGAAUGGGCUGUGUCCAAUGUAAGGAUAAAGAAGCAGCAAAACUCACGGAUGACCGGGAGACCAGCCUCUCACACAACUCAGGAUACCGCUAUGGGUCCGACCCCACGCCGCAGCACUACCCCAGCUUUGGCGUCACCACCAUUCCCAAUUACAACAACUUCCACAGCGCCGCCACACAGGGGGUAACCGUUUUUGGAGGAGUCCACACAUCCUCGCAGUCUGGGACGCUCCGGUCCCGGGGAGGAACAGGGGUGACUCUGUUCGUGGCUCUUUAUGACUACGAGGCUCGGACUGAGGAUGACCUCAGCUUCAGGAAGGGGGAGAGGUUCCAGAUCCUCAACAGCACUGAGGGAGACUGGUGGGAGGCUCGUUCCCUCACUACAGGUGGAACUGGUUACAUUCCCAGCAAUUACGUAGCUCCGGUGGAUUCCAUCCAAGCUGAAGACUGGUAUUUUGGUAAAUUAGGCAGAAAGGAUGCAGAGAGGCAGCUGCUCUCCAACGGCAACGCCAGAGGAACUUUCCUCAUCCGCGAGAGUGAAACAACCAAAGGGGCCUACUCCCUCUCCAUCCAGGACUGGGACGACAUUAAGGGCGACCACGUCAAACACUAUAAGAUCCGUAAACUGGACAGCGGAGGCUACUACAUCACCACCAGGGCCCAGUUUGAAACCCUGCAGCAGCUCGUUCAGCACUACUCUGCCAGGGCUGCGGGGCUGUGCUGCCGCCUGAUCGUGCCGUGCCACAAAGGCAUGCCUCGUUUGACCGACCUGUCCGUCAAAACCAAAGACGUGUGGGAGAUCCCGCGAGAGUCUCUGCAGCUCAUCAAACGUCUGGGGAACGGCCAGUUUGGGGAGGUCUGGAUGGGGACGUGGAACGGCACCACCAAGGUGGCGGUAAAGACUCUGAAGCCUGGCACCAUGUCGCCCGAGUCUUUCCUGGAGGAAGCUCAGAUCAUGAAGAAGCUGCGACAUGAUAAACUGGUGCAGCUGUACGCCGUGGUGUCUGAAGAACCCAUCUACAUCGUCACCGAGUACAUGAGCAAAGGGAGCUUGCUUGAUUUUCUGAAAGACGGAGAAGGACGAGGUCUGAAGCUGCCAAAUCUCGUGGACAUGGCAGCACAGGUGGCUGCAGGCAUGGCGUAUAUAGAGAGGAUGAACUACAUCCACAGAGAUCUGCGCUCUGCAAACAUUUUAGUGGGAGACAGUCUGGUGUGUAAGAUUGCUGACUUUGGUUUGGCCAGACUCAUCGAGGACAAUGAAUAUACAGCAAGACAAGGUGCCAAGUUCCCCAUAAAGUGGACCGCUCCCGAGGCCGCUCUCUACGGAAAAUUCACCAUCAAGUCGGACGUGUGGUCGUUUGGAAUCCUGCUGACGGAGCUGGUGACCAAGGGCAGAGUGCCCUACCCAGGCAUGAACAACCGCGAGGUGUUGGAGCAGGUGGAGCGCGGCUAUCGGAUGCCAUGCCCACAGGACUGCCCCACGUCCCUGCAUGAGCUCAUGGUGCAGUGCUGGAAGAAGGACCCCGAGGAGAGGCCAACCUUUGAGUACCUGCAGGCCUUUUUGGAGGACUACUUCACUGCCACCGAGCCCCAGUAUCAGCCUGGGGAUAAUCUCUGAGCAGUGGCGCCCUCCUCCCCUCUCUUCAUGUCAUUUCACUAGUUCUCCACCAGAAGGAGCCAAACCACACCUAUUCUCUCUCUUGCUCUUUCUCCCUCUCUCAUCCUGUGGCAUUUUAUGAUCUUAAAAGCUCAUUGACUGACUCCUAUGACUUCCAUGCUUUUCACACACACACAAGAAUGAAUACACACACACACACACACACACACACACACAAACAUAUACAUAUACACACAAACGGAAGGACGACAACUCAGUGCUAUGAAAGAAGGUGUUACGUUUGACUGAAGGGUUAAAAAGAAACGACUGCCAUGGAUGACGUUGUGUAUCUUGUACGUAGUGUAAAUAUGAAAUGCUUGUUUACUUAUCUCUCCCUUUUGUUUAUUUUAUAUUACUUUUGAUAUUUUGGAAAUAUGUGGAUUUUGUUUUUUCUUCUUUUUAAUCCAAUGUUGAAGUAAAUUUUCCGAUUUUACGGCUCAUAGAGAGAAAUAAAAAUGUGUGACGUUCACAGUUGGUUAAAAUAAAAUAACCCACCACGUACUAAUUGUAGGAAUGCCAAUAGUUAGCUAAUUAGAAAUCCCGGACAGAGAUUUCUCGGGCUUUCGUCUGGGAGUCGCCUGACCUUUUUUUACGAGGUUUAACACAACAACAACAACAACAAAAAAGCGUCUUUCUCCUUUUCUUUUUCUUCUCUAGGAGGAGCUACGAUGUAUUCUAACACCUAUUCUUGCCUUUUCAUGUUUAAGUAACAUCUCUUCUAAUGUAAGGGAAUGCCUUUCAUGCUUUCCACACACUAUCUUAGCACAUCACAGACUCUCUGCCUCACCCACGUACCUGUACAGCAUCUGCACUGCUAUCAAGUGCAACCAUUGCAUCUUAGCUUCAGCUAAUAAUUAUUUUUAGAUCAGCUUAAAAGUAACUUAUAAUUUAGCUUAAUCUAUGCGAGGCCAUUUCCUCUAAGUGCGAUCUUAUAAUUAUCCUUUUUUUUCUUUCAGCUGACUGCUUAUUAUUAUUAUAAACUGAUGAAGUUUUUAAAUGUGUUUCAUUAUUGGAUGGCAGCUGUGGCUGUGUUUAAGGACUCUGCAUUGUCUCACCGCAAACUGCCACCUACAGUAUGUGACAGGAAGUGAAGGAUGUGUUAGUCCCUCCAUGAUAACAUGUUGUUUAUGAGACCAAAUAUGUUUAUUUCCUGGUGUUAUUAUUAUUUUGAUUUAUUUUUAACCAGUGUUUUGGGCCAGUCCUAAAUGUGAUUUGCCAUAACGACGUUUCUUCAUUCCUAACUUCUCUUCUCUGGCUGUGGAAGUGGAGCAUUCCAGGAAAACACACCCACAUUGUGUGUCUAUUAAUGUUGCUUUUCGUGAGUGGAAAAAGUCGGCGGAAAAACAACAUAAUAAUUUUGUAUUCACAUAUUUACCCUGAUUCCGAAGAACACAAAAAUGUCUUUCCACCUCCGCAUUAUUUAUUGUCCCUGUCUGUUCCUUGUACAUGACUGGUUUUGAAAUAAACGAUCUUGCCAUCAUCA